AUGGAAGGUUGUAGAUUGGUGCGGUGCAAUCGAUGGUACAGUGCAAGCGGCAAUUGCGCUGUGGUGAUUUGUGACAAAGAUUGGUGUUGGAUCGAGAUCGAUGGUGGAGAUGGUUUAUGUAUAUGCGUUGUUCUCAUCUUUCUAAUUGACCGACGUGAUAUUUUUCUGACCUUCAAGUUAACGUCUUACUUCAGUCCUGUUGAAGAAGCUAAGCGAGGGCGCUCUCCACCACCAUCUAAGAAAACUUCCCCACUGCCAAGGAAAGCUUCUCCAAUUCCUGAGUCACUUGUACUUCAUGUUGAUCAGCUCAGUAGAAACGUAAAUGAAAACCACCUAAAAGAAAUAUUUGGUAAUUUCGGUGAAGUUGUAAAUGUACAGCUGGCAAUUGAUCGCGUCGUUAACAUUCCAAAAGGAUUUGCAUAUGUUGAGUUCAAGAGUAGAACUGAUGCUGAGAAAGCCAUGUUAUUUAUGGAUGGCGCCCAAAUUGAUGGGAAAGUUGUUCGAGCCAAGUUUACAUUACCUGAACGGAAGAAGGCUUCUUCGCCUCCUAAAGCUGUUGCAACUACUUCGAGGAGGGAUGCCACUAAAGCUGAUGAUGUUGCUGCAGAUGCCGACAGAGAUGGACUAAAGCGACCUAGAGAAGCAUCUCCUCGGCGCAAACCUCUUUCUCCACCUCGAAGGAGAUCUCCAGUAGCACGCAGAGGUUCUCCCAGACGGGGACCAGAUUCUCCUCCCCGGAGACGCGCAGAUUCUCCAGUUCGUCGCAGAGUAGAUACUGCUUUUCGACGGGGUGACUCACCGCCUCUCAGGAGGAGGCCUGCAUCUCCUGCCAGAGGCCGUUCUCCUCCCUCUCCACCCAGGCGUUAUCGAUCACCUCCCAGGGCAUCUCCCCGUAGGGUACGUGGUAGCCCUGUUCGACGACGAUCUCCCUUUCCUCCAAGGCGACGUUCUCCACGACGAGCUCGAAGUCCUCCUAGAAGGUCUCCAAUUAGCCGUCGACGGAGCCGCUCCCCUCCUAUUAGGAGGCCAGUUCGUUCACGAUCAAGAUCAAUAUCUCCAAGAAGAGGGCGUGGACCACCACCUGCCAGACGUGGUAGAUCAUCUUCCUACUCUUCAUCGCCUAGCCCACGCAGGGCUCCACGGAGGGUAUCUAGGAGCCGCAGCCCGAGAAGGCCGAUUAGAGGAAGGAGCCCUAGUAAUAGCAGCAGCAGCAGCUCGCCACCCCGUAAGCCUUAACUUAGGGGUCAGUUCUUGCGAUGAAGAGUUUUCUGAUGCACAAAUUGGUCACUGUCAAAUUUCUGUACAAUUGCAUGAGCCAAUAAUCCUAGACGGUGCUUUAUGGUUGAAGCAGUUGAUUCAUUUGUUUCAUGCUGUAAACUAAAUUACUAUGAAAUUCUAGGGGAGUAAACCUCAUCUUCUAUUUAAUCUUCUACUUGGGUGUAAGAACAUUUACCAGACCGUUUCCUGUCGAUAACCAUCUCAUCCCUGCUAGUUCACAUCGGGAAGUUUGCUUGUCA